CUCUUUACUUGUCUCAUCAGAAACCACGAAGGGACAGGAUUGGACCUGACCUGGAGCUGAGACACCAGACAAAGGGGAUGAGAUAAGAAAGAGGAACUAAUGAGAAUGUUGGGAAAAGAGGUUAAGAUAGAGUGCUAAAGAGAGAGCUGUGGGGAGGAAGGUCAAGUUGGGUGGAUAAACCAAAAGAAUCCUUCUAGAUUAAAGCAGGCUAGAAGCUGCACAAUUAUUUAAUAUUACUUUCUUAUUUAACAGAUGUUGUAAUAAAGGAUUGAAGAGGUGAAAUAACCUUUCAAAAUCACAUGGUGGCUUUUUCAAGUUAGUAAGUAUGAAGAAAACUGAGGUCAGGAAGAACAGCUGGAAACCAGGGAAAUAAAAAUCUAGAAGUCAAGGGCUGGAGUGGAAAUGAAAGGCAGAGUGAGAGGCCCAGGGCUGUGGGAGGCACAGCUUUUCUCUGAUGUGUACUGUAGAUGAGGAGGAGAUUUUUGUCAGUUGGAGGAGAGAGGAAGUCACUAUAGAGUAUUGAGAAAAAGGUUUGCUGAAAUCAGAGAUCAAACACCAGCUCUUAAGAGUCAGAAGUACUCUCUCCGCGUGAAAUGCUGCUUCUGUCACUUCUAUGGUUAACAGUUCUCAUCACAUGUGGUGACAAUGAGGAUGCUUUCCAGGGACCAACCUCUUUCCAUGUCAUCCAGAUAUCAUCCUUUGCCAACAGCACCUGGGCACAAAAUCAAGGCUCAGGCUGGCUGGGUGAUUUGCAGAUUCAUGGCUGGGAUAGCAUCUCGGGUACUGCCAUUUUCCUGAAGCCCUGGUCCAAGGGCAACUUCAGUAAUGAGGAGGUGACUGAGCUGGAGGAGCUAUUCCGAGUGUAUCUCGUUGGAUUCAUUCGGGUGAUACAGGAUCAUGUCAGCGAAUUCCAGAUGAAAUAUCCCUUUGAAAUCCAGGGCAUAGCAGGCUGUGAGCUGCAUUCUGAGGAGGCCACAGUAAGCUUUUUGAGGGGAGCUUUAGGAGGACUGGAUUUCCUGAGCUUCAAGAAUGAUUCAUGUGUGCCUGCCCCAGAGGGUGGCAGCAGGGCACAGCGGUUCUGCACACGCAUCACUCAGUACCAAGGUAUCUGUGAUAUCAUACAGAAGCUCCUUUUAAGAACCUGCCCCCGAUAUCUCCUGGGUGUCCUCGAUGCAGGGAAGUCAGAACUACAGAGGCAAGUGAAGCCGGAGGCCUGGCUGUCCAGUGGCCCCAGUCCUGGGCCUGGCCGUCUGCUGCUGGUAUGCCAUGUCUCAGGAUUCUACCCAAAGCCCAUAUGGGUGAGGUGGAUGCAGGGUGAGCAGGAGCAGCUGGGCACUCAGCAAGGUGACGUCCUGCCCAAUGUUGAUGGGACAUGGUAUCUCCGAGUAACCCUGGAUGUGGCUGCUGGGGAGGCAGCUGGCCUGACUUGCCAAGUGAAGCACAGCAGUCUAGGAGGACAAGACAUCAUCCUCUACUGGGGACAUCCGACUUCCAUCGGUGUGAUAUGUUUGGUAAUAAUAGUGCCCUCCUUGAUCCUUUUGCUAUGUCUUGCAUUAUGGUUUUUGAGACGAUGGUCCUAUCAGAAUAUCCCGUGAGCUUUCAACAUGUCUCAUUUCCCAUCUGGAAUAAGUACUCAGAAGACCAGAAGCCCAAAUUGUCAGCCCAGGAGUCAAUCCCAUCAUAUUUAAUUAAAUAAUCAUCAUAUUUGAUCAACUCAGAGUUCCCAUUGGUUGUGAGAUAAACAAUAAUUUACACACUAGCAGAAAAAUAAUUAAGAACUAUGAAUUUACUAUGAGAUGGUAUCAAUAGUAAGUAGAUUUCAUAGAUGUGAGAUGUGAAAAAGAAUGUAUCUCAGAAUAAAUAAAAUCAAGUACAGAUGGUCCCUGA